ACAGAAAAAAAACCAAACAUAGAACAUUCCAAAACAAUGGUCUUUUAUUUGAAAGUCCUACUCCCGCAAAACUCCCGCACAAAGCAAACUGGUCACUUUAGUUUAGCGGAGAUAUCGAUAGUCAUCACCAGAACCGUGACCCGAUAACAAGUUAUCGAAGCGAGAAAGUCACGAUCGCUAUGGUCACACUAAACGGCGCCUAUAUAAGCAGAGGCCCUGCCUUUCUAGGAAACCAGAUUUUCGUAAUUCAGUAAGUUCCCCCAGAAGUCAGGUUUCCGGCUCCCGACCUGGAAACGACACGGAAUAGACGGCAGUUCGAAACUAACGAUGCCCGACAGAUCAAAACGAACGAUGCUCUACACUCCCAAAUUCCACUCGAAAUCCAAGUAGAUUGUUUCUUCCAACGACCCAGAACACUGCGACCUACUCGAACGACGAGCCACGACGAAGCAAGCAGUCCACAACUCGGAACUUCCGCAGCGCCGACACAACGAAGCAACAAGUCCACAAUUUGGCCCUUCCGCAGCCCCGACACGAAAUCCAAGUAGAUUGUUUCUUCCAACGACCCAGAACACUCGAACGACGAGACACGACGAAGCAAGCAGUCCAACACUCGGACCUUCCGCAGCGCCGACACAACGAAGCAACAAGUCCACAACUCGGCCCUUCCGCAGCGUCAACACAACAAAGCAAGCAGUACACAACUCGGACCUUCCGCAGCGCCGACACGACGAAGCAAGCAGUCCCCGACUCAGCCCUUCAGCUUGGCAGUACUCAACUCAGCCCUUUCGCAGCGCCAACACGACGAAGCAAGCAGUACGAAGCUCGGUCCUUCCGAGGCAGAGGCGCUUAGCCAUCAACUAUCUUGUGAUGAAAAUAUUAUGUUGGGAUACCGUAAAUCACAAAGUUUACUUUUUGGCUACUCAAGAUAAGAAGCCCGGUCAACAGCAUUUAUACUCUGUUAAGGAUCCAAUUCACGAUGAUAUUAGAAAAAUUGAACCACAAUGUAUUACAUGUGAAUUAGGCGAAGAUCUUUGGAGUAGUCGCUACUAUUAUACAAACUGUUCACAUUUUGAAGCCUUUAUAACACCCACUUUCGGGGUUGCAACAAUCUAUGGAAUUGAGUUCUACAUUUUGGAAUGCCAAGGCCCUGGGCUACCUGUAUCAGGAGUUCAUAUGCACAAAAAUCACAGUUUGGUACAGAUUUUAUAUGACACAAGGCCAUUUUAUACAGAAAGGCUACAAAAGCUUGCACUACCGACUCAGCGAUCUUUUGAAAUACCAUUAACGCAUGGAGGACGAGCUCAAGUUCAGUUACUGCUUCCACCCAGCUGGCGAGAAGAGUUACGAGAUGCUGCUUUUCCAGUUAUUGUUGAAGUAAAUGGUCGUCCUGGUUCAGAAUCAGUAUCCGAAAAGUUUAAAAUUGACUGGGGUACAUACAUGUCAUCAAGAAAUGAUGUUGUAUAUAUCCGUUUAGAUGUCAGAGGCUCAAAGGGACAAAGUAAAAAGGCACUAUACCGUCAUAUAGGAGGAGUAGAAGUAUUAGAUCAAAUAUCUGUGUUGAAGUAUUUGCUUGAUACUGUUGGUUAUUUAGAUGAAACUAGAGUUGGUAUGUGGGGUUGGGGAUACGGAGGAUAUGUUACGUCAAUGGUUCUCGGUACACAGCAGGACAUAUUUAAAUGCGGAAUUGCAGUUGCUCCGGUUGCAGAUUGGCUUUAUUAUAGUAAGAAUUUAAAUUAUCAAUAGUAAUCGUCUAAGAGACGGUCCUCACCCCUGAAAACUAUGACCUGAAGAAAAGAUUGCCGUUCCGAACACAAGAGAGACUUACGUUAGGGGUGGCAUCGUCAAGCCCUAUAAACUUCCUACUUUAAGUGGUUUCGCUAUAUUCAAU